UCCGUCUCCUCCCUCUAAAAUCCGCCUCUCCCCUCCCAUUCCCUUUCCCCCUUUCCAAGAAACCACCAGAGCUCUCGCCUCUUCCCACAUCGCCUCCUACCUCCCAAGCACCGAGCCAUCUCGUUGCCCCGCCAUGUACCGUGCGGCCGCCAGCCUCGCCUCCAAGGCUCGGCAAGCCGGGAGCAGCGCUCGUCAGGUUGGAAGCAGGCUUGCCUGGAGCAGGAACUACGCAGCCAAGGACAUCAAGUUUGGUGUCGAUGCUCGUGCUUUGAUGCUCAGGGGUGUCGAGGAGUUGGCAGAUGCCGUGAAAGUCACAAUGGGUCCUAAGGGACGCACUGUCAUCAUUGAACAGAGCUUUGGUGCACCAAAAGUCACAAAGGACGGUGUCACUGUUGCCAAGAGCAUUGAAUUCAAGGACAGAGUCAAGAAUGUUGGUGCAAGUCUGGUAAAGCAGGUUGCUAAUGCAACUAAUGAUACUGCUGGAGAUGGUACAACAUGUGCUACUGUUUUGACAAAAGCAAUUUUUACCGAGGGUUGCAAGUCUGUAGCGGCUGGAAUGAAUGCAAUGGAUCUAAGACGUGGAAUCUCAAUGGCGGUUGAUGAUGUUGUGACAAACCUAAAGGGCAUGGCUAAAAUGAUCAGCACAUCAGAGGAAAUAGCACAGGUGGGUACAAUAUCAGCAAAUGGGGAAAGAGAAAUUGGUGAGCUGAUUGCUAAGGCUAUGGAGAAGGUUGGGAAAGAAGGUGUAAUCACCAUUGCGGAUGGUAAUACCCUUCAUAAUGAGCUUGAAGUUGUGGAAGGCAUGAAGCUUGACAGGGGUUACAUCUCUCCAUACUUUGUUACCAACCAAAAGACCCAGAAAUGUGAAUUAGAAGACCCCUUGAUCUUGAUACACGACAAGAAGAUUUCAAACAUGCAUGCAGUAGUGAAAGUGUUAGAGAUGGCUCUGCAGAAACAAAGGUCUCUACUGAUUGUUGCAGAAGAUCUAGAAAGUGAAGCAUUGGGCACUCUGAUUCUUAACAAGCUUCGUGCAGGCAUUAAGGUCUGUGCUGUUAAAGCUCCUGGUUUUGGAGAUAACAGGAAGGCAAAUUUACAUGACCUUGCUGUCCUUACUGGGGGAGAAGUCAUAUCUGAAGAGAUUGGGAUGAACCUUGAGAACUUUGAUUUUCAGAUGUUAGGUACCUGCAAAAAGGUGACUGUUUCUAAGGAUGACACUGUUAUUCUUGAUGGAGCUGGGGAUAAGAAGAACAUUGAAGAGAGAGCAGAACAGAUUAGAUCUGCAAUUGAGCAAACCACUUCUGAUUAUGACAAAGAAAAACUGGAGGGGCGGUUGGCAAAGCUUUCUGGAGGUGUUGCUGUUCUAAAGAUCGGAGGAGCCAGUGAAGCUGAAGUUAGCGAGAAGAAAGACAGAGUUACAGAUGCACUCAAUGCCACUAAAGCUGCUGUUGAAGAGGGUAUUGUGCCAGGAGGUGGUGUUGCACUUCUAUAUGCAUCAAAGGCUCUGGACAAACUGCAGACUGCAAACUUUGAUCAGAAGAUUGGAGUACAAAUCAUUCAGAAUGCUUUGAAGACACCAGUGUACACGAUUGCUUCCAAUGCAGGCGUAGAAGGGGCAGUGGUUGUUGGUAAGCUUUUGGAGCAAGAUAACACUGAUCUUGGAUAUGAUGCAGCUAAAGGCGAAUAUGUGGACAUGGUGAAGGUCGGUAUCAUUGACCCUCUAAAGGUGAUCAGAACUGCCUUGGUGGAUGCUGCCAGUGUAUCAUCUUUGAUGACCACCACAGAAGCCAUCAUAGUAGAGUCUCCUAAAGAGGAGAAAGAGGCACCUGCAAUGGGCGGCAUGGGUGGAAUGGAGUACUAAGCCAUCUUACCCACGGCAUAUGGAAGCAAUCUGGGACAUAUUAUAACUAGGAUUUUUUUUUUGCGGUGUACUCCCAUCUCUGAUGUAAUUCUAUUUUCGGUGGGUUGUCGGACAGUUUUUGUUUCUGGGGACUUGUAUAUCUCAGUUCCAAACGGAACUAGUGUUGGGGUGAAUAAGAGGUGAGCUAAAACUGUU